CUACUCUCCCUCCUCCCUCCCCCACUCAAAGGCCUCCCAACGCCAUCCACACCACCUCUCUCGCACCAUCGCCCAUCUCCCACAACCCCCCCUUCUCUCCUCUCCCCCUCCCCUUCCCCGCACCCCUUGCCACCCUGCCAGCUAGCCGACCGUUUGCCGCCGGCCCCCCGCAUCCACAUUCUUAAAGAACGAGGCGCCCAUCCACGCCCCAUUCUUCCUCUCAUCUCCUCAUCAUCCUACAACUCGUACUCUAUCCAACACCACCCACUCCUCGCAACCCACCAUGGCCGCGUCAAUGGAUGACCUAAUCUCGACGCUCAACGGCGGCAUGCACGUUGGUCAGCAGGCAGCCGACCUGAAGGAGCUUCACGCCGCACUCGCCCAGACUCUCCAGCAGCGCCCAGCACAGACCCACCGCCCCAUUCCGCCCACGACCAAGCUUGGCCCCCACAGCGACGGCCCAGUGCCGCCCCCGGCCCCAGUGUCGUCGUGGAACGACGCCGCUAGCCUCCAGCCCCAGCCCCAGCCGAUCCACCUCCUGAGCGGUAACAACUGGAACGGUGGCAUGGGCAACUCGCCACGCCAGGUCGCCCCCGUCUCGCAACAGACUCUCAAUCCAGUCACCUUCACCGGCAACCGCACCACGGGUUUCACUCCUCCCCCGCCCCCCGAGAAGCGGCCGCACCACGACGACGUCCUUCCCUCGAACGCGAGCCCGCUCGAGACGGCCGGCUUUUCGCAGGACGCUUUCCGCCCUCUGUGGGACAAGCAGCCCAAGUCGCCAUAUCAGGGCUUUGCGCGAUAACUGCGCCAUGGCAUGUACGAUCCAGCGUGUGCGUCGACGCCUGCGCCUGCGCCCGCUCCCCGUGCCCCCGCCCGCGCCCCACGCCACCACCACGGCCACGCUCCUCCUCUUUUCUCUCUUCUCUUUCCCCGACAGACACUGUCCGCUAUACACGACUGUACCUAGAGCCUGUACCACCAAUCGUCGAUCCUCGACGCGCAUCCCCACGCCGACCGUACCCUGAUUCUGUAUAAUCCUUCAUGUCAUACCGAAGACUGCUAGACGAUGCAAAUGUGUGGCGAGUCGG